ACUUGUCCUGUGUCCUACAUAACCCUGUAGCCAUUGGCAACAGUUUGGACCUUUGUUUGUGCCGCAAUAAGCAGCUGUGGAAAUCUGCUUUUGGAGAUUUGUUUUGCACCCUUGACUUUGCAAGACCUUAGUUCUGUGGCUGGGUUUUCCAAGGAGAUGAGGAUGACAUGAAUUGCACCAUAGAAGUUUUAGAUUCUGUCACCCCCAUGAUCUGCUGGGGAGAGAGCUGGACUUGUCCUCUACCGAAGCCCAUUUAUGCAGCUUAAUUCUCCAUAGCCAGUAGCAUCACUGCUUUGGAGGAAAAUGUAUUGCACAAGAAGGAAGCGACUGCAGCUGAGCCGGGUCUUGUUUCUCCUCUCUGGGGUUUUUCUCUGUACCCUCUACCAGCUGACCAUCAGUGCCAGACUGUACGAGCCUUUGCCAAUGCCUCAGAUUGGAGAGGAUUUUGGAGAAGGUUCAACCCAGGGCGUUGAAGAGGCUACUGUAGAGACUCCGGGGCUGGAGGAACCUCUCACUGCAACACAAGAAUUAGAGCUCACAGAUCAAACAACGCCAGAGAUGGCUGUGACACAUCAUACGGGUACAACUUCAGAUUUUAAAGCAACCACUUCCACCGAGUCUCCACCAUUACCAACCACAAACCGGACUAUUGUGCACUGCAUCUAUGUGGCCCCUGAGCCUCCACUGGAGACAUUCACACCGGCUCCGGUUCCUCCUGUGAUCACCAUCACUCCGGCUCCUCCUGUGAUCACCAUCACUCCAGCUUCUCCUGGUGAAGCUCCACAUAUGAAGGGUGAAUACCCUGUAGACAUUUUUUCUAUUGAAGACCGUAGACAAGGCUGGGUGAUCCUCCACAUUUUUGGGAUGAUGUACAUGUUCAUUGCACUUGCAAUUGUGUGUGAUGAGUACUUUGUCCCUGCACUGGGGGUAAUCACAGUCAAGUUAGCCAUCUCUGAAGAUGUAGCAGGAGCCACCUUCAUGGCUGCCGGUGGUUCUGCUCCUGAGCUUUUCACAUCCUUGAUAGGAGUCUUUAUCGCCCACAGCAACGUGGGUAUUGGCACAAUCGUUGGUUCAGCAGUCUUCAACAUUUUGUUCGUGAUUGGAAUGUGUGCUUUGUUUUCACGGGAGGUACUUCAUCUGACCUGGUGGCCACUUUUCAGAGAUGUAUCCUUCUACAUAGUUGGCCUCAUCUUACUCAUCAUCUUCUUCUUGGAUAAUGUCAUAAUGUGGUGGGAGAGCAUGAUGCUGGUGGGCUGUUACACUCUCUAUGUGACUUUCAUGAAGUUUAAUGUGCAAAUAGAGAAGACCUUCAAGUCCCUAAUCAUCAAUAACAAGAACAUUAUCAGAAUCAUUGCAGUGGAAGAAGCUGAAAAGACAAAUGGGGCCGCUGAGGAGAAUGCCCGACCUGCUCCAGAAGACAAGAAUCGAUUAAAGUUGAAGCCAUCCCUUCAGCGAGGGGGAAGCUCGGCUUCUUUACACAACAGCACCAUGAGAAACACCAUCUUCCAACUUAUGAUCCACACUUUAGACCCUCUAGGAGAGGGGAAAUUUAAGGAUAAGGCUGAGACUCUGAAUAAUGUGGCUAAACGGACGGCAGAGAGCAAAACCAAAGACGGCGGUGGAAGUAAAACUGAGCCGACCAAAGAGCCAGUGGCUGCCCCACCCCCAGAAGCUGAGAAGAAGGAGCAACCAGAGGACAAGAAGGAUGAUGUGCCAGCAGGAGAGGAUGGGUCAGGAGGCUCUGACGGUGAUGAAGAUGACAGCGAUGAAGUAAGCGAAGAGUCAAGUGAAGAAGAAGAAGAGGAGGAGGAGGAGGAGGAGGAGGAUGAAGAAGAAGAAGAGAAGGAGGAAGAAGAUGAACCUUUGUCUCUAGAGUGGCCUGACACACAACGUAAACAAGCCACCUACCUCCUCCUGCUGCCCAUAAUCCUCCCUCUGUGGCUCACAGUUCCAGAUGUUCGCAAUCUGAAAUCCAGAAAAUUCUUUGCGGUCACCUUCCUGGGCUCUAUAGCGUGGAUUGGUAUUUUCUCCUACCUCAUGGUGUGGUGGGCCCAUCAGGUGGGAGAGACCAUCGGCAUCUCAGAGGAGAUUAUGGGCCUGACUAUCCUGGCUGCAGGGACGUCCAUCCCGGACCUCAUUACCAGUGUGAUAGUGGCACGUAAAGGCCUGGGGGACAUGGCUGUGUCCAGCUCUGUGGGCAGUAACAUCUUUGACAUCACAGUGGGUCUUCCAGUGCCAUGGCUCCUGUAUGCAUCCUUCCACGGUUUUGCUCCAGUGGCCGUCAGCAGCAACGGGCUCUUCUGUGCCAUCGUGCUUCUCUUCAUCAUGCUCCUCUUUGUCAUCAUCUCUAUUGCGUACUGCAAGUGGAAGAUGAAUAAGCUGCUGGGUUCCACCAUGUUCCUGCUCUACUUUAUCUUCCUGGUGCUAAGCGUGAUGCUGGAGGAUCGUAUCAUUGUCUGCCCCGUUUCCAUCUGAACGUGUGAGCACGACCCGUCUCUACAGAAGAUAUUCUCUUCACUUGUGACCUGAAGCACAACUGUUAACCCAUACAUGAGCGGACCUCAUGACCAUGGGUCUGGGUAUCUGUAGAAACUGUGCGGAAAGCUACUGUAGUUGCUCUGCAUUGCUGCCAGUGACGUGUCACGUAUGGCAGCAACAACACACAUACUACAACAUUUUCUAGAACUUGUUACAUAAUCACAUUAAGUAACAAUGGCAGCUUUUACAAACAUAAUUCGGUUACAACAGGAGAUGCAGAACUAUUGUCUAAUAUAGUGUAGUUCAGUGUUUCCCAACCCUUUUCCUUUAGGGACCCCUUUUCUAUCUUUGUAUUAACUGAUGAGCCCUGACUAAGUGGUAUACUUUAUUGUUAUUUCAUAUUAUAUUCAAUGCAUAACAAUAACAGUACAGAACAACUGAUAAUCUGUACAAUUAACCCAAAUAGUGAACGCAAUAACUGCAGGAAGUUUGUGUAAAAUGAGCAAUUUGGAUGAAUUUUGAGCAGAUUAUUUCCUGUGAAUGAGAUGAGUUUUUCUGUUGUUUUUAGGAACUUUAAACAGAAUUCGCUUUAUUUUUUUUAACAAUCAUUCAUACUUAAUAGGCUUCUUUUUUGACAAAGUCAGUGUCUCCCUGACACUUGGCCAUUUUUCUAUUAGCUCUUCGGUUUUUUUAAUCUCGUACUUUUUCUAAUUUUUAAGUUUAUAUCUUGAAUAAUAAUCCAAACUUUAAAAAUAACGAUUUAAAAGUUGUCUUACACCCCUUAAAAUCAAGAAGGCCUCGCGACCCCUCUUGAAGCUUUGGUGACCCCUAGUGGGGGUCGGGACCCCCAGGUUGGGAAUCAGUGGUGUAGGUAAGUGUAAAAGAAUGAACACUAACAGGGAUAUUAAAAUUUUUUCACUGUUUA